AUGGGGAACAGCCCGCCUGACAGCCCUAGCGGCGCAGCGAGAUCUCCCCUCAUGUUCACUCCACAGAUUCCCAUGGCUCCAAUUCCCAAGGCGGAUGAGCUAUCUCUGGGGUCGGGCUUUGGUGGAUACGGUGGUGAUGGUGCGGGUGGGCCCGGGGCGGAUGGGGAGCAAGGUGUGCCGACACUCAUCACAUGGACGCAUGGAGGCAACCAUGUGUCAGUGGAUGGUUCAUGGGACAACUGGACAACAAGGCAAGUCUUGCAGCGUGCUGGCAAGGAUUUCACAAUUGUGAAGAUGCUGCCUCCUGGAGUGUACCAGUACAAGUUCAUUGUGGACGAUGUGUGGCGGUAUGCUCCUGACCUUCCAGCAGUGUACGAUGAAAUGGGAAACGUGAACAACGUUCUGGAAGUGCAGGUAAGUUAUUACUGA